UUUUUUCUUUUUUUAAGUACAGGAGGAAUGCAUAUGAGGAGCAGUGAUAUGAAGAAACAUUCUUGAAGUUCAUGUAGAAGAAACCUUGGCUUGUAGGAAAUCUUCCAGAACAGAUUGCAACCAUUGUCUUCCCUUGAAGUAGCUGUACAAGAUGAACAGGCUGUGAUAAUAUUUCUAACUAUCUGACUUGAAAGGACGUGUUUUCGGGUUGCUCAGCAUGGUGUGGGGACCAAUUGCCAUGAAAGGACGCUGCACAUGAAAACUGUUUAAAAUUUUCAUACAAUAACAGAAAAAACAGAACUGCUUUGCAGGCUAUUGAGGUGUGAUAUUUAUAAAGGGAAGACGUUCAGGUUUUCAUGGGUGACUGAGGAGAAGCCAUUUCUGGCCAGGUCACAGAAGCUCAAGGCUCUCUCCGAUGUCCCCCAGCAGGUGAUGGGCAUUCCAGUGCGACCAAGGCCUGUCCAGAGCAGCACUGUGCAGCGCCAGAGCAGCUAACGUGGCUGUGGCGGAGUGUGGCUCCAUGGAGGGCAGCGGCACAGUGGAGGAGGAGGAGAGUGGGGCUGGGUCUGGUGCCCCACCACUCACCCUGUCCUCCCCCUGCAGCUUCAGCUCUUCUCUGUGCUUCAGCUCUGCCACCUCCGAGCAGGGAGCCCCAUCGCCAUCCUCUACUGGCAGCCAUGUGGUGGAAAGCCAGUGGGAGCUCAACAGUGUGGCCUCUGAGUCGGAGGAGGAAGAGGCGAGUACACGGGAGCCACCAGCUGGCACACAGCCCGCAGGGCGGCCGGCUGAGGAGCCCGACCUCGUGAUUGAGGUGUCAGGGCAACGCAUCCGAGCACACAAGUCGGUGCUGGCAGCCAAGAGCGACUACUUCCGAGCCCGUGCCUCGCGAGAUAUCCUGCGGGUGAAGGGGGUGAGCUACGGGGCACUGAGACUCCUCAUUGACUAUGUCUACACAGCCCGCAUGGGCGAGGUGCGGCACGACAACCUGGCCGAAGUGGUGAGUGGUGCCCGUGUCCUCCAGAUGCCCUGCGCCUUGCACUGUGCUGCCGAGGCUAUGCGCGCCCAGCUGCGCCUUGACAACUGCUACCAGCUCCUCUGCCUGGCCAAGAAGCAACGACUGGCAGAGCUGCGGGAGGCCGCCUACCGCUUCAUGAGUGACCACUAUCUGGAGGUGCUGCGUGAGCCAGGCGUGUAUGGCCGUCUCAGUGGGGCAGAGAGGGACCUUAUUCUGCAGCGGCGCCUGGAGGCUGGCCGACGCUGCCUACUGGUGGCUGAAGUCAGUGAUGCUUUCGAGCGGCCUGGUGGUGGCAGCCGACCACAAAGCCGUGAGAGCAGCCGCCCGCAGAGCCCCUCUUCUGUGAUGUCUUUGGAGGAGAGUGGCUCCCUCAUCCAUUGCUACCAUGAGGCCAGCCAUGAGUGGAGGGUGCUGACGCGUCUGCCUGAGGAGGCCAAUGCCAAGGGCUGCGCCAUGUGUGUCCUCCACAACUACCUCUUCCUGGCAGGGGGCAUUGCUGCAGGGCCAGCGGGCAGCGAGCCGCGGGCUCGCCUCUCUGACAAAGUCUUCUGCUACAACCCUCUCACUGACACAUGGAGCCAGGUACGCCCACUGGCUCAGCCUCGUUCACAGCUCAAGCUGCUGGCUCUGGAUGGCUACCUCUACGCUGUGGGGGGCGAGUGCCUCUUCACCGUGGAGAAGUAUGACCCACGGGCUGAUCGCUGGAGCCCUGUUGCGCCCCUACCCAAGGGAGCCUUCGCCGUUGCUCAUGAGGCCACCACUUGCAAUGGGGAGAUCUAUGUCUCGGGGGGAUCCCUCUUCUACCGACUGCUCAAGUAUGACCCCAAGCGUGAUGAGUGGCAGGAGUGUCCUUACAACAGCAGCCGUCGGCGCUCCGCAGACAUGGUGGCCUUCAAGAACUUCAUCUAUCGCUUUGAUGUGAGCAGUGGCCGUGGUGGAGAGCAGGGCCCAGGUGGUGGGACUGGUGGUGGUGUUGAAGUUUUCCGAUACAACACAGUGGCCAAGCGCUGGAGCCAGUGUGCCAGCUUGCGGCCCAGCAGUGGUCCCAUCCAGCCCUUCCGUUGUGCUGCUUUGGGUAACACCAUCUACUGUGUCAACCGGACUGGCACUCUCCGCUUCAACUUAGCCCAGGAUGGCGAGGUGGAAGCGGAUGGUGGGCUCAAGGGUACCUUUGAUGGUGAGCUUCUCAAAGCUCCAUUUGAUGCUAAGGGCCUCCUCCUACCCUUUGUGCUUACUCUUCCGGAGAAGCUGGAGAAAGCAGGGGACCAAGAGGGUUCCCUCUCGCUGUGAGUGGCCAGCCUCGCUCUGGCCUGCUGGUCAGAGGGCUGGGUUGCAGCUUUUGGGGAACAUGCAAAUUCACUCCCACAGAAGGGACCCCCUCCAAUAUGUCUGCAGAGAGAAGGGGCUCCCUCCCCCCCCACGGUUUUGGUCUGGAAGUGCUUGGUUGUCACUUGGGUAACUCCUAUUGUGUCGCCUUGCUUUGUGUGAAAAGCCAAGCAAACCAGAGGAGAAGCUGCUAUAAAAGGAUAAUCUCUGGAUUAUGUUUGUGUCAGUUCCUGACACUUUUUUGCACCUGGAGUUCUAAAAAUUCCUGACAACAGUGUCAUAAUGAAAUGUUCCGGUUAGUAUUGGUUGUGUAUAUGCGUGUAGUUGUGAUCUGGGCUGGAGCCUUUAUGCCACCUGUUUUCUUUUCUCUCCUGGAUGAUUCCAGGGGAUAAGCACUGCUGGCAACAUCUCUUAACUGUAUCUGUUCUUAUGUCAAAUCAACUGUUUCCUCUGCUAGAAAAGUAUAGGAAGAUCAUCUCAAUCACAGCGUCUCAGUGCAAUAGAUUGUUUUAGGAAGACAUGGCACUGUGUGGUCCCAGGAAUUUCAACCGUGAUGAUGUAACAGAUACCAGACUUAAAGCUUUAAGCAACACAAAUGUGUGCCGCGUGUUCAUAUUUGGAAUAUACAACAAAAAAAAAAAAAAAAA